AAUCACAAUUCCCGCAUGACUCUAAUUUACCAAAAUGCCCUCCCACGUCCUUCCUAUAUAAUCCAUUUCCCAUUUUCUUCAUUUCCUCAUUCCCCUUUUCAGUUUCUCUGCAAAGCAACUCUCAUCUCUCUCACCCCCUCUUCCCAGACCCCCAACUCGCAGUCUCAGGAACUGGCGAUACCUCAGUUUCCGGAAGCUCCGGCGGAGACGACCACUAAAGCGGUGGUAACAGCCUUAUAUGACGCCUUAAACGCGCGCGACGCCGAGACGAUCCAGAAGAUCCUCGCCGCCGACCUCGAGUGGUGGUUCCACGGCCCGCCGUCGCACCAGUUUUUGAUGCGCCUGCUCACCGGCGAGCUUCAGGAGUCGAGCUUCCGCUUCGUGCCGCACAGCAUCUCGGCGUUCGGCUCGACCGUGCUUGCGGAAGGAUUCGACGAAUCGCGAUCCGUCGCUUGGGUGCACGCCUGGACCGUGACGGAUGGGAUAAUCACUCAGGUGAAGGAAUACUCCAACACGUCCCUCACCGUGACUCGUAUUGGCAACACUACAGACCAGUCUGGCUGCGUCACCACCGUCGCCGCUGCCCGCGCCGGCGAGGUUUGGCAGAGCAGUCUUCCGGAUCUGGUCGGUAAAUCAGUCCCCGGACUCGUGCUUGCUAUUUAAAAUUUAAUAAUACUAAUAAUAGUAGUAAAAUAAAUAAGAGAGUGCGGCGUGAGUCAUUGAGACUGACUUCAUUGCUCCUUCUUAGGGUUUGGUGUGGUGUGCUUUAUUUAAUUUGUGAUAUUUUUAGUUUUUCGUACUGUGUGUUGGAUGCGAGAUUUGGUAAGAGUGUGAGCGAGGUGUGCUGUGUGUGACCGACCAAUAGGAAGAUGACGAUUGGGAGGCAAUUCCUGUACCAAUAUCAUGAUGAUUGUUGUCGUUGUAUGUUUCUUCUGCAGAAUAUUACUCUACUAGUAUUAUGUUUGGUGAUA